AACGCGUAGAGAGUGAAAGUGAAAGCAAAACUUCACAAUUUCACAAAGCAAAGGUUCGGUUCCAAUAAGCUAUAAGUAUACGUAAGCUACAACUUGCUAAACAAUGGCGUGAAUAGUACCUACAACAUAAGUAUUAGUGGAGUAACUACGAUCUCUUUUCUGUUCUGCAAAAGUACCUAUUGCAUAAUAAGUAUACACUUUUCACGAGUAUGACUUGUUAGUUUCACACAAUUAUUGGUGUAUGUGAGUGUUUGUGAAUAGUUUAAUCAUCAUCGAACGACCAAAACAUUUCAAGAGCAAGAUUUUGAGAGUCGGCAAGAUUUAGAAAACUCGCAAUGGCGAAUUCAAAACAGUACGAAUUGUACGGUUUUGAAACCGACGACCCUCCAGUUCGUAUGAAGACUGAAGAUGACUUAAUACCUUUUUCGGUCAUUGAUCAGCCAACCAGGAAUUGGUUGGAUUCAUUGGAGAAUAUCUGGAGUUUGUGGAAAAAAAGUGUUACAGUUACACAAAUGCUACACGAAUACUUUGGCACUGCACCUAAUCCUUACUUGAGUACUUUAAGAAUUUUAGUCAAUGCCAAAGACUUUUACCACGUGAAAAGCAAGUCAUCAUUGGCUUUUACAGUCAUUGAAGAAUUUUCAAACUGGAUUGUUCCACGUAAGGAUAAAUUUGAUGGUUGUCUUUGUGUUGAACUAAAAGUUGCUGCCUUUCGUUUAAUAAUCAAGCAAAAGAACGUUCAACUCACAAAGACUGUAUCUGAAAUUUAUGAAUUCACCAGUGAUAAAAAACAUUUUAUGGGUUUCAUAAUCGAUAUGCUAGAAAGCAAAAAUUAUAAAGAUGCUGGUGUUAAUGUGGAAAUGCUGAAACUACAGAAUGAAUUUGAUGAUCCUGAAGUAUUAUUGAUGCCAUUAGUUUUGCAAAAUAAAACGACUAUUGCAGAAGAUCUUAUGAAAAAUCAACCAGAAUUACAAAUUAAAUUUGUUUCCUAUUUAGAUAAUUUGUUGACGCAUGAUAAUAUAAGUAACGCCAUUGAUCGGUAUAUUUAUCACAAUAAUAUACCGGACGUAAAAUUUCAAUAUAGUCAAAAUAAGUCCAUUUCUAAAUUAGUUGCCCGCUUGGCAAAGCUCUACAAUGUUCCUCAUGAUGUGUGUCCGAAUUUGAAUAAAAAAAGAGGAGAGGGUGCAAUCCAAUUUCUGAUUUACAAACGUUAUGUAGAAGCAAGUUUGAGUGUAGAAAGCUGGAGAGAAAUGGCUAAAGAAGCCAUUGGAUCAGACUCAAGCCUGCAGGUAGAGGUUAUAAGGAGUCUUGCAAACGUAAACGAUCCUGCAGAAGCUUAUUACUUUGUACAAUUUUAUAGCAUUUCUCGCGACGAGUGGCCUUGGAAUGUGAGGCAAUAUGUUGAUGAAAAUCCAGAUUCUGUUAAUAAUGGGGAAGUGAAUGAUGCACUGGAUGAAAAUUCUUGGGAAACCGAAGAUCAAAUAUCUUAUCAUACACUGAAUUUGCCCAGAAAAUGUAUUACAAUUAUAGAUAACGCGAAAUCUUUCGAAGAUUUUUUAGUUUAUGGUUUAAAGAACGUUAAUGUUGUCGGAAUUGAUUCAGAGUGGAAACCAACUUUCGGUAUUAAAAAACCAGAACUAGCUUUGAUGCAAAUUGCGACUCAUUCGCACAUAUAUAUUUUGGAUGUAACCGUUUUGGGAUACCACAAUCAAGAUUUAUGGAAAGAACUAGGAACUGCCCUAUUUAACAACAAGCGUAUUUUAAAACUAGGUUUUGGUAUCGCCCAUGACAUAACCAUACUCCGUGAGAGCUUUCCAGUGCUUUCAAACAUUCGAGCCUGUGGUGAAGGGUACUUGGAUUUAAGUCAUUUGUGGAACAAAUUAUUAAAAGAGGAUUUCGUAUUUCCUUAUAAAGGCGAUGUGUAUUUUACGAGUAAAAAUCUCAGCAAACUAGUAGAACUAUCUCUUGGACAGAGAUUGAAAAAAACUGAUCAGUUUUCCAACUGGGAAAGACGACCACUACGUGAAAGUCAGAUAACAUAUGCAGCGCUCGAUGCUUAUUGUCUACUGGAGGUGUAUGACAUACUAGCCAAACAAUGUGGAAGAUUAGGUAUUCCCUUUCAUGAAGUUUGUGCUCACGUAAACGACAAUAAAUCGUUCACAGACUUGAAUGGCCCGAAAUCUUCCAAAAAUGAAUCCAAAAAGCCAAAUAACAUGUUCAAUUUGUCCAACAAACAAGCGUUCUGGACGAGCGUGCAACAAUCGAGUUCUCGACAACCGCAUUAUGCUCACGACCAAAAUACCGAGCCAGUCGACGAUGCGACACAAUCCUGCUCAACGGCCCCGGACCAGGUACACCCCGAAGAGUUACUUGACCAUCAACAAUCCCAGCCACAGCAUCCGUGCCAAUCAAACAUCAACAGCUGGCCGAGAUUACAGCACCGGAAGCAGCGCCAGCACGUGCAACCGCGUCUUUUCGUCUGCGACUCGAUGCUCGGUGGUUUGGCUCGUCAAAUGCGGAAAUGCGGUAUCGACACCCUUCACUUCCUGCGUGACCGAGGCGGUGAGCUGUCGUUACGAGCGGCUCAUGACAAGCAAGGCGUUUUGCUAACUCGGCAUAACAAUUUUUAUCGGUUUAAAGAGUAUUUACCACCUGGAUAUUGCUACAACGUGUCAGAAGUCAGAGUGGAAGAUCAACUUGACGAAAUCAUUCAUUACUACAAUAUUAAAGUCAACGAAGCAGACGUUUUCAGCCGAUGCCAAUUAUGCAACUCGAAUGAGUUUGUUUACGUUUCAAAGGACACGAUGACCGGAUUGAUCCAAAGUCAUACAUCAAGGAAAAACAGCCCUAACUCCACUGAAGUUGGACAAUCAAGCUCUGCCGAAGUUUGCAAUCAUUGGGACACCGAAGAAAAAGCAUUUCAACAGAUGCAGACCAAUAACGAAAAACAGUUUCCCUCGCGUUCGUGGAUCUUGAGUUAUGGCUGUCUCAAUGUCACGAACUGUUCAACCAAGUACAAUGUCAAAGUACAAAUUGAUCGGGUGCCGCCAAACAUGCUGCGAUACCAUUAUUACGUGUGCGAGAGAUGCGGCAAAGUUUACUGGUACGGCUCGCACAUUGAACGGGCCUUCAAUGGUAAUUUAAGGAAAAUUUUGAAUUAAGGAUGUACGAGUAGAGGCAAAAGCGAUUUCUUGGAAUUACGUAUUUUUGUAAACUCUAGAGAGGUAUUAGCUUGCUUUGCUACCACGAGAGAAAGUGAUAUGAGUAUUUCUAUGUUAGUUGUACAAUAUAUAUUUGUAUACACGUAUAUUUUUCAAUGAAAUUUCUUUCUGUUACAAUAUUUUUACAAGAACUUACUUUUGUUUCGCUCGAUAAGGUGUGUUCAUAAAGAGAUAGAGGUUGAGUGUGUUUACGACGUGUGUUCAAAUGCAAGUUGUAUUUGCUUUUUUUUUUAAUUUUUUACUAGUGAGAUGGAUUCUUUACCUUUUUUAAUAUUUUACUACCACUAUCACCGCCACUAAAAUACAAAAUUAAUAGCUUGCUACAUUUUAAACUUUACCAAAAGUGUAAAAGUUAAUUAACAUAGCCAUACUUUAAUCAUACUCUAAUCGAUAUAAAACAAAUUUACAAACAUUUGUGAUAUUUAAAAUGUUGAUAAUAUCUAUACCUACUAUUUAGGAUAUCGCUAAUUUUAGCUUUAAGAUUUUGUUAUAUUUUUGCUUUCUAGAAAUGAGUAAUUUUAUUUUAAAGAAACUUUAUAAUUUUUGCAAAAAAAAAAAUUUAUUUUUAUUAAAGAUGUGUUACUGCCGAACUAUGAAUUGUAAUCGUAUAAUCCGUGAAUUGUUAUAUUAAAACGAUAGCGUGUCUAAAUAGGCGUAUUUUUAUGUGUUCCUGUCAUAAAGAGUCAGUUAUUUGAAUGAACACUGAAUUUUACGAUGUACCUUAUUAAUACGAGAACGAUGGAAUAACCAAUGUACACAGGGUUACUUGCUAUUUACGUACGAUAGAAUUGAUUUGUUAUGUAGUUAACGUAAGGUCGGUCCAUUUACGCCACAGGAAUGUGACCUGACAUCAUAGUACAAGAAAACGAUUAUUUUCUGUUUGAUAUAUUGAAUGAGAUAUAUUUUAGUUACAUGAGUGCAGAAUGGCUAACGAGCAAGAAGUAUGUAGACCCAUAUUAUUCUGAGUUCUAUAUAUUUGUGAAAGCAUAAAACAUGAUUUUGCUGAGAAACCAGUAGGUGUAGUGUUCCUGAAGUUGAUUGAUAUUGUGUGAUUUAUUGCAACAAUGGUACUUGGAAAUAUAGCAAAAAAUGGUAGCAACAAAACUAUGAAGAUAGCUGUAAUCAGCGGAAGGGACAUUAUGUAGCUUUGAGAUUUGAAAAUUAAACGCUACAAGCUAAAGAGCUUCAAAUUUAGAUCUAGAACGUAAAGAUGAAGAUUCCGAGUUUUAGCUCUGGAAUAUUUUGAAUCUUAAUACAAAACUAAAAUGUAUUGGAUAAUGAGU